AUGGGUCCAUAUGUUUCGAAAGUUUCAAACGAUGAUACACAAAUUAUUACAUACAAUUGGUGUGAUGCGGCUAAAUUGCUUGAACAGAUAACAGCUGUGAUCAAUGAAAAAGUUCCCAAUGGAGUUCAUAAACUUGUGAGCAUACUUGCUGUUCACAAUACCGUUAUGCUCAUUAAUAUGCUACUGCUUUUACUAAUGAUUGUUGCUAUCGUUAUCUAG